AUUGCUACGUUUUGCCGGGGGAAAGCUCCUUGAUAGGUUUUGGGCCCCCAUCUCUCCCACUUCAAGCUGGCUCCUGCUCGCUGCAAGCAUCUCCGAGCCGAUGGAGCCCCGAGUUGUGGGGACGUACAUGGCUAUUCGUCUUCCCGUCCGUUUGCUGAACUGUGGAGCCAUCCCUUCCCCCCCCUCCCCCUUUUUGCGAUGUAUUGAGGGAUGGGAAGCUCAAUCAGCUCCGCACCAAGCUCGCCGCACAAAGCCGUAUAUCAAGGGCACCACACCCGCUGCACUCUGGAAGAAUUUCUCUUCCUUUCACCCACCACACUUGUUUUGUUCACAAUCCCACAAACAAUCGCAAGCAAUCUCAUCGUUCCAGCACACACAAAACAUCAACAUGGGUACUGUAGAGGCUUUUCCCCUGGACUUUACGCUGACAACAGCAUCAUUCGAGCACUUGAGGAAGCUCGACCUCGAUACACUGGCAAGCCUCUUGGCCGCCGGCGUUUUUGUGUACUACUUCAUUUGGCGGGGCUUUCUCUUCCCGCUCUACUUCUCCGAGCUGCGGCACGUUCCCACCGUUCCUGGCUGCCCGCUCUGGGGCCAGUUUUUCGACAUCAUCCUGAACGAGUGCGGCGUGCCGCAGCGUGAGUGGCACCGGCAGUACGGCCCCAUCAUCCGCUAUUUCUUCCCCUUCGGCGCCGAGCGGCUGUCGAUUGCCGACGACGAGGCCAUCAAGCACAUGACCGUCAGGAACCCCUACAACUACCCCAAGCCCGUGCGGGCCAAGCUGUGGAUGGUGCGCAUCCUCGGCGAGGGCGUCCUCCUGGCGGAGCACGAUGACCACGUCUACCAGCGGAAGACGCUCACGCCGGGCUUCUCCAUUGCCGCCAUCCGCACCUUCCAGCCCAUCUUCUGGGAGAAGUGUCUCGUGAUGACCAGCCUGAUGCGGCGGGAGCUGGAGAAGUCCGGGCAGUCGACCCGCUCGUUCGAGAUUCUCGAGUGGCUCAACCGCUGCACGCUCGACAUCAUCGGCAAGGCCGGCUUCGGCUACGAGAUCCACUCGCUCGAGAAUCCGCGCGAGCGAGUCCGCCAGGCCUACCGGCUGGUGUUCCGGUUCGACCUGGCUUCCCGGGCGCUGCACGGCAUCCAGGCCUUCUUCCCGUCGUCCAAGCACAUCCCCGCGCGGAUGAACCGGGACAUGGAGACGGCCCGGCAGAUCAUCCUGGCCAAGGCGACCGAGAUCCUGAAGCUGAAGCUGAAGGGCGCCGAGACGGGCAAGCGCAGCAAGGAUGUGCUGUCUCUCAUUGCCAAGGAGAACAAGAAGCUGAAGGACCUGGGCGAGACGGGCCUGUCCUUCAACACGAUGCGGGACCAGGUCAUGACCUUCCUCGGGGCGGGGCACGACACCACGGCCACGGGCGCCGCCUGGGCGAUCCACUUGCUGGCGAAGCACCCGCACGUCCAGAAGCGGCUGCGGGCCGAGAUCAAGGAGUACUUCCCGUUCCUCUUUGACCCGGUGCAGCGCUUCAACCGGGAGAAGCUGGAGGCGGCGGACCCGGACAAGCUUCCGUACCUCGACAACGUCUGCCGCGAAGCCCUGCGCUUCAUCCCGCCCAUCCCCAUGACGGUGCGCGAGUCGGUGAAGGACGACCAGCUCGGCCGCUACUUUGUGCCCGGCGGCACGGUCGUGUACGUGCUCGCCAACGCCAUCAACCGGAUGCGCUGGUUCUGGGGCGAGGACGCGGACACGUUCAACCCGGACCGGUGGGACAACCUGCCCGAGACGGCGGUGCCCAACGCGUUCAUGACAUUCUUGCAGGGCCCUCGCGGGUGCCUGGGCCGCAAGUUCGCCGAGGUGGAGAUGAAGGUUCUGUUGGUGACGCUGCUGAGCAUGUUUGAGUUUAAGAGGGACCACAACAUAGAAAACCCGGAGGAGUGGAAGAUGUGGCGGUUGGUCUUGCGACCAAAGGACGGCGUCACGGUGCAGGCAACGCCUACAUUCGCGUUUUAUCUAUAGGAAGCAAUAAAAAAAAACGUUUCAACACCAC